AUUAGGGUGCCUCGCAGCGGACCGAGCUGGGUUGCUGCUCUGCCUCGGUUCGGGACUUGGAUCCACACGGAGGGAGCCAAAGAAGAGACGCCUGAAAGAACGGAACACUUUUAUCGGGACAUAAAUCAAAAAUGCCUUCAAAACAAGACGAUGGCGGGUGGAAGCAGUUUCUGUGGAACUCGGAGAAAGGAGAGCUGCUGGGUCGCACCGGCAGCAGUUGGUUCAAAAUCAUCUUGUUCUACAUCAUCUUCUACGGCUGCCUGGCUGGAAUCUUCGUCGGGACCAUCCAGGCCUUGCUGCUCACUCUGAGCAACUACAAGCCCACCUGGCAGGACAGAGUGGCCCCCCCUGGCCUUACACACACCCCGAAAUCCGAGAAAUCUGAAAUGGUUUUCAACCUCAAUGACGUGGAGACCUACCUGCCUUACACCAAGGCCUUGAGGGACUUCUUGGCCAAGUAUGACGAGGAGGGACAGAGGGACAAGAUGAAGUUCGAUGACUGUGGAGACGAGCCAGCAGAAUACAAGAACAGAGGCGACUUGGACAGCGAUGUCGGCAUGAGGAGGGCCUGCCGUUUCUCCAGGACCUGGCUGGGACCUUGCUCCGGCAUCGAGGACCGCGACUUUGGUUUCAAGGAGGGCAAGCCCUGCCUCAUUGUAAAGCUCAACAGGAUUGUCAACUUCCGUCCUAAGCCUCCUACCUCUAAUACAAGUAUCCCUGAAGAGGCUCAAUACAAGGUCCAGCCCAACGUCAUCCCCAUCUACUGCACCAACAAGAAAGAGGAGGAUGCUGGUAAAAUCGGGGAGAUCAAGUACUACGGUAUCGGCGGCGGGUUCCCCCUGCAGUAUUACCCGUACUACGGCAAGCUGCUGCACCCUCAGUACCUGCAGCCGCUGGUGGCUCUGCAGUUCACCAACCUGACCCAGAACACUGAACUGCGAAUCGAGUGCAAAGUGUACGGAGACAACAUCCACUAUAGUGAGAAGGACCGGUUCCAGGGACGCUUUGAUGUCAAGUUCAUGGUAAACAGUUUAUGACGGACAUCAGGACCAUAGCAACCUCCCUGGCCGCCCUCCCCCCUUCGGCCCCUUUUGCCCUUCCCUAAAUACAAAUCUAAUGUAGGAGAUUCUAAGCGAGGGGGGUAGGCUGUAGCGGUUAAGUCAAUCACAAAUAGUCUUGAAUGAAUAAAUGAAGAAAAUACCUGAUAGGGGACCGAUGUGUAAUCUUGUCUGCUUUCAUCUCUAGCUUCUACACUUCUGUCUAGCGUUAAAAUGUAAUUUAGAGGAAAAGUAGCAAUAGGCCUAAUAAGAAUAUUUAUUCAGCUGUAAAUGAGACUUUUCCACAAGCCAUGGGACAUUGUCCAUUGAUGACUGUAAAGUUUAAUUCCAUCUCCGAUGUGUAGCGAGCUGUGUCGUCCCCUCUGCAUAUCGCUGCCUCGUGUGGUUUCACUAGAUAUUUUUGGAGUGUGCAUUAGUCGCAAAACGUGGUCCUUCUAAACCACGCUGUCCUCGUUUUCUUCCGUGAGCAAGCUUUAGCAGUUCUAGGCUUCACUUCAUGAUCGAAGUAGUCUCGACGUGGUCCACUCUUCUGAUGUGUGUAAGGAAAAGGCUGCACUCCAGGGAACUUCUUUCCUCUUUUUAUUAUUCUUUUACGUCUGAUCAUGGGAGACUUUGCCUUUUAUUUGCUUUGUUAAAUCACUUAAAUGUGUGAAGGGGUUUUAUUACUUGGUUUCAUGCCUUUUACUUUUGAUUUUGCCUUGAAUGUAGAGUUGUGUCCAGCCCGUUAGACACGCCGGCCUGCUGACACGACGCCGACGGUGCUAACUCUGGUUUUUAACAUUUUCUUUUUGCUGGAUUCAUCACAGCACUGUGGUGUAACUCUCUGAAUGUUUUAGCCAUUAAACAUGGUGGAUGAAUUUUAUAUUUAUGCAGUUGUACAUUUUGUUUCUUUGCAGAAUAUUGUAAUGUAUAAAUGCAAUACCAAAGUGACGAGUUGAAGAGAGUCUUUACCAGAAGCAAUGCAGUACUCGUUUUUAGGAUCUCAUCAUGUUAUAAGUGCUAAAGUCAAUGUCUCGCCUUGCGACCUCAAUGGUUAACUCUUGAUUUGUGUUUUGGCCACGAAUGUAGUCAGGUGGAGGAUGGACGGGUAACAAGCAGCCAGUUGAAUCCCACAUAGACCUGAUUUCAUGCAUUAAAAAAAAAAAGAUAAGAGUUCUUUCAGAGCUCAGUGGCUUUAGAUGAUUAAUGAUGUUGGCUUUAAUAUUCCAUUGAUCU